AUGGCUUAUAAGCUUCCUAAUAUUAUUUCUUUUCUACUUUCCUUCUUCUUCAUCUUCAACAUAUCAAACGCAGCGUUUAAUGUAAUUACUUUCGGAGCCAAACCAGAUGGAAAAACAGACGCAACAAAAGCAUUUCUAAAUGCAUGGGCAGCUGCUUGUAAUUCUGCUUCUGCGUCAAUAAUUUAUGUCCCUAAAGGAAGAUAUUUGAUAAAAGCAAUAGUUUUUAGAGGUCCAUGCAAGAAUAGAAUUACGGUUAAGAUCGAUGGAACCAUUGUUGCUCCUGUGGAUUAUCGAGCUCUUGGCAAUUCUGGAUACUGGAUUUUGUUUAUUAAGGUUAAUAGAGUUUCUGUUGUUGGUGGCACUCUUGAUGCUAAGGGUGCUGGCUUCUGGAAUUGCAGAAGAACGGGAAAGAAUUGCCCAGUUGGAGCUAGGUCCAUAACAUUCAACUGGGCGAACGACAUCAUAAUCAGUGGCUUGACAUCUAUCAACAGUCAAUUAACUCACCUAGUAAUCAACAGUUGUAAUAAUGUUCAAGUUCGAAAUGUGAGGCUUAUAGCUCCAGAUCAAAGCCCCAACACAGAUGGCAUCCACGUCCAGGGAGCAACCGGAGUGACAAUCACCGGCGGCAUGCUGCAGACCGGAGAUGACUGCAUAUCAAUCGGUCCAGGCACCAGAAACUUGCAUAUGAGCAAGAUUAGUUGUGGCCCCGGCCAUGGCGUCAGCAUUGGAAGUCUAGGCAGGCAAUUCAAUGAAGAUGGAGUACAAAACAUAACCUUAACAGAUUCAACUUUCACUGGAUCAGAUAAUGGAGUGAGGAUCAAAUCAUGGGCCAGGCCCAGCACUAGCUUUGUAAGGAAUAUUCUCUUCCAAAAUAUCAUCAUGAGAAAUGUUGAGAAUCCUAUAAUUAUUGACCAAGAUUACUGCCCUGACAAUAUUGGUUGUCCUGGCCAGAGUUCUGGUGUGAAGAUUAGUGGAGUGACAUACAAGAAUAUAAAAGGAACAUCAGCUACAAGACAGGCAGUGAUCUUUGAGUGUAGUAGAACCAAUCCAUGCAAGGGAAUCAAAUUGCAUGACAUAAAUCUUACUUACAUGAACAAAGCAGCAAUUUCUUCAUGUAAGAACAUUGAUGGAACCAGUACUGGAGUACUCAUGCCCGAGAGUUGUUUGUAACAUAACGAUAACUAGUUGGGAUCGGCUAUAUAUAAUUUUUAUUUUCAUUUUGUUCAUAAUCAAGCCUGUACCGAUAUAUGUAGUAUUAUUUUUUUUUUUUUAAUUUCUGGGUAUGCUUUCCAUGUGGAAGUGACUUUUAAUGUAAUGUAGCACUCCAU